GGAGAAGCUGAAGCGCGAUUGGCUGUUGAAAGGGGCGUGCUGUGACGUCAGAGCGGCAUCCAGCAGCAGCGAGGAGCGAAGAUGGCGGCGGUGACCAGAGGCUCAGUCGGUUUGGUCAGACGGCUGUUGUGUGAGCAGUACCGGCGGCGCUGCUUCAGGUGCAGCCGGAGCUCGGUGCAGUUCAGCAGCCGGCUGCUGCACGCCGCCUCAGUCAGGUACGGGCCCAUCCUGCAGUUCAAACUGUCCGACAUCGGAGAGGGAAUCAUGGAGGUGACGGUGAAGGAGUGGUACGUGAAGGAGGGAGACAAGGUGUCCCAGUUCGACAGCAUCUGCGAGGUUCAGAGCGACAAAGCGUCCGUCACCAUCACCAGCCGCUACGACGGCGUGAUCCGGAAGCUGUACUACGACGUGGACGCCACGGCGCUGGUGGGCAAGCCGCUGGUGGACAUCGAGACGGAGUCCAGUCCAGAGCUGACCCAGGAGGAGGACGUGGUGGAGACUCCGGCCAUGGCUCAUGAUGAACACACACACCAGGAGAUCAAAGGUCUGAAGACACAGGCCACGCCCGCCGUGCGACGCCUCGCCAUGGAGAACAACAUCAAACUGAGCGAAGUGGUCGGGACCGGGAAAGACGGCCGAAUCCUGAAGGAGGACAUCCUCAACUUCCUGUCCAAGCAGACGGGCGCCAUCUUGCCUCCGGCUCCCUUCCAGGAGAUUCGGCCUCCACCUGCAGCCGCGGCCGCGCCGAAGAGCCCGCCGGCCGCCAUGCCGCAGGCCCCGCCCACACCCAAACCUGUCUUCACCGGCAAGGACGUUACACAGCCCCUGACAGGCUUCCAUAAAGCCAUGGUGAAGACGAUGACCGCCGCACUGAAGAUCCCUCACUUCGGUUACUGCGAUGAAGUGGAUGUGACCCGCCUGGUGGCGCUGAGGGCGGAGCUUAAACCUGUGGCUGAAGGUCGCGGGGUCAAACUGAGCUACAUGCCGUUUUUCAUCAAGGCUGCCUCCCUCGGCCUCCUCCAGUUUCCCAUCCUCAACGCCUCGGUGGACGAAGCCUGCCAGAACAUCACCUACAAGGCGGCUCACAACAUCGGCCUGGCCAUGGACACCAGCCAGGGUCUGCUGGUUCCCAACGUGAAGAACGUCCAGAUGCUCAGCGUCCUCGACAUCGCCAAGGAGCUGAACCGCCUGCAGGCGCUGGGAGCGUCCGGCCAGCUGGGCACCGCCGACCUGACCGGAGGAACCUUCACCCUGUCCAACAUCGGAUCAAUUGGAGGGACGUACGCUAAACCGGUGAUUCUCCCACCUGAAGUGGCGAUCGGAGCUCUGGGUAAAGUCCAGGUUCUGCCGCGGUUCGACUCGGCCGGUCAGCUGAUCAAGGCUCAGAUCAUGAAGGUCAGCUGGUCUGCGGAUCACCGCAUCAUCGACGGCGCCACCAUGUGUCGCUUCUCCAACCUGUGGAGGGAGUACCUGGAGAACCCCGCCUGCAUGGUGCUGGAUCUAAAAUGAACCCCUCCCCCCUCCCGUGCCCCUGCCCCUCCCCCUCCCAUCAGCCCCUGUGAGGACGGUGCAUACUAACUGACCUGCUCCCUGUUCGCCUUGUUCCUUCGUCUUUGUGUCUGAGGCCUUCGUUCGCCGUCACUUCCUUGUUGCCUUGUGGUCGUGAAGAGGAGCUCCGCCUCCCGAUCAUGUCAUCUUCCUGUGGACACACACUAUUUUCCCACGGUGGAGGGUUAGUAUUAGCGUAGCUUAGCUUAGCUUAGCUUAGCACGGAGCUGGGUCUGACCCGCCGCCCGUCUGAGAUUCUGAGGACCGACGGUUUUUCAGUUGAAGCUGCUGGUAGAUGAUGUUCAGGGUCUUCCAAAUUUAAAGCGAUACAUAAAAAAGUCCAGUUAUGCAGAGUUUCCGAUUUUCCCAGCAGCAUCUAAAAGCCUCAGAAACAUCUGGACCUUCACGGGACUCGAAGCCUCUGAGGAGCUCCUGCAGUGAUGAUGUGCUGAGGGUUUCUAGAUGUCUGCUUGAAGGAAGGUCUCCAUGCCCUCCUCGCUCCAGAAUCCCUUUGAUUGAUUAGAAGGCCGUGCAGCUUCUCCACGUCAUCACUGUACAACUCAGUAAUCAUCCUAAUCAAACAUCAUAAAUAAUCAGAAGCAUGAGCAGUGUGGACUCUUACCAAGUGUCUUGUUAGAAUUAGUUCAGGUUCAGACCUUCACUUAGGCCUCCAGGCUGGUAUUGAUCGGUUCUGCAGUAGAAAUGUGAUCAGUCCGGCGGCCCGGCGGCGCCUGAAGGUCCCAUCAGAUCAGAUCCCACCAGCUCACUUCCUUCAGUCUUUUAAUCCACUAACUCAUCAUCAGUGUUCCACAAGCUGAAGGUAAAAUCUCUCCCUGUCACAUUCCAUGUCCCGUUCCGUCGGUUCCGUCGGUUCCGUGGCGGCGGCUGAGCGGGUUCUCCACUGAAUGGAGCCUCCAGCUGCAUCCUGGUCUGUUGUCGUGGCAGAAAUGAUAGUUCAGUUCCAAAGUCUUUUCCUUGUCGUCACUUCCAACACACACCAGCGCUGUGAUGCCACAGAUGAUGUCACAGACUAAAGCCCCUCCCCCUCCUCCAGCUGAGUGAUGUGCGAUCCUCUCCACCAAUCACAGCCUCUCCUGGCAGCAGGUGUAGCCACGCCCCUAAAAAAAUUUAUUUCUAUGGCAUAAAAUCAUAAGGUCAGUGCAAUUUAAAAUGUUUUUCAAAAACAAGUGAAAGAACCAAACAGAUUAAAGUAGAGAUGAGAUAAAUGCCAGCCGCUUAAAACGCAUCGUUAUUGAUCCCACAGGAGUUCUGAACUCCAGUGGGAUCCAUAAUGAUGCUUUUCAGGUAAAUAAGGGCUUCACCUGGUAAACCAGGAGGAACAGCUGACACAGGUGAGGCUCACUGUGAUUGGUGGAACAAUCCCACCUGACCCUCUCAUGGGUUAUGAUGUCAUAACCCUCUGUGUCAUAAACAUUUAAAGGUCAACAGCAAGCAGAGAAACCACUGAGACUCCGCCCACCUGGUAAACCACCCGUCAGGGAUCGACCAAUCAUCAGCCCCGGCCGAUUUAUCAGGCCCAUAUUCACUUUUUCAUUUUGUUUUCUUUUGACUGGGUUAGUUUUAAAUGUGCCAGGAGGCCGGUCUUCACUUCAGCUCCAGACGAUUCAAACCCAGCAGGUCUGAUCCAGCAUCAUGUUCAAUAUUAUCAGUGUAAUCGUUAGAAAUAUAGUUUUCUUGGGAUUUUUUUCUUUGUCUUUUCUUUUGUGCGUUUGCUAAUCUUCUGUUUUCUUCUCAUUUCUUUGUUUCUUUUUUUUUUUGCGUUUUUUUCUUUACUAAUGAGAAUUUAGCAUUUGUUAGUUCAAAGGUUUGUGUUGGUGCUUCUACUGUGAAACUAAAUUUUGACACUACAGUUUUCAAAUUUACCACAAACGGAUAGCGACCUUCAGUAUCUUUAUUGAUCUCCUGGAUUACUAAUAAUCUGUGUUGGCGCUGAAAAAUCAGCGUGGGUCACUGCUGAGCCUGCAGGUCGGAGGUCAGUCCUGGUUUCAUCUGGAUUACUGAGGAUUACAGGAAACCGCGGUCCAACCUGAUCUGGAGUCAGCUGGUUGUCAUGGCGACCACACGGCGAUGAGGAGCGUGUUACAUGCGUGUUGUCUGUCUGGAGUGGUGGAAAUGCUUUUCUUGCUUCAUGUGUUCUUUUUAAAGAGAAAUGUAAAGUUUAAGGGUGAAACAGUGUUGGGUUUUGUAUCGUGGGAAAGUGGAGAUCCUGUCAAAGCGAGAAGCUGCUCCUCCUGGAGACGAACUCUGAAUAAAGUUGAAGUGCACAAA